GGCACGGCUAUUGUGGCUGAAUGAAAGCGGUCGUUAUAAUGUUAUGGUUAAAUUCGCUUCCGGAGACUAUAAGAGACGAGCCAGGCAAGAUGGCGUCCCAACAGCAGCAGGCCGGUGGAGCAAUGUCUCAACCGGGAUUACAACAACCGACCUCACUACAGCAACAACAGCAACAGUUGAGCCAACAGCAGGAUUUUGAUCCAGUCCACAGAUUUAAGAUGUUAAUUCCUCAGCUGAAAGAGAGUCUACAGAAUUUAAUGAAGAUUGCAUCCCUGAAUUUGGCCCAGAACACAUCAAUUGAUAACGGCAUCAAAAGCAGCGAUACACCUGUGCAGCGCUUCGACAAAAGCCUGGAGGAGUUUUAUGCCCUGUGCGACCAGCUGGAGCUGUGUUUGCGGCUAGCCUACGAGUGUCUCUCCCAGAGCAUCGACAGUGCCAAACAUUCACCCAACCUGGUUCCUACGGCCACCAAGCCUGACACGGUGCAGACAGAGUCCAUGUCUUAUGCCCAGUACCUUGGCAUGAUUAAGUCUCAGAUUUCCUGUGCCAAAGAUAUCCACAAUGCUUUGCUGGAGUGUUCAAAAAAGAUUGCUGGAAAGGGACAGCCGCAGGGAAUCAUGUAAACCUGGACAUAAACUUACUGACACUCUUUUCUUGACAAACUGAGAAAGUAUUUGACAAAUUUUAUACAGCGCGCUGUCUCUUAACCAGAUGCCAGCUUUUUUCAAAAUGCUGUUUUAUCUUUCAAGAUGUUGUACAUUUAGUAAUGAUUUAAAUUGUUUUGUUUCUUGUAAACACUGUAAAUAUCAUUGGCAAAAAAGUGAUGUCCUCAGAUGGCCAGUAGGUGGUGGCAGAGUGCUGCCGACUUACUAUUCAAGUCUUUUCUAGUUUAUUUGUAUUAUUAAAACCUUUCCACGGA